AUGCGAUCAGCCGUGUCCAAUCACAGCUGAUCAGUGUGCCCUGAUGAUCAGUGUAGCCCCAGCAGUGCCACCUGUCAGUGUCCAUCAAUGCCUUGUGUCAGUGCUCAUCCAUGUCACCUGCCAGUGCCCAUCAGUGCCACAUAUCAGUACCUACCAGUGCACAUCAAUGCCACAUAUCAGUGCCCAUCUGAGCUGCUUUUCAGUGUCACCCAUCAGUGCCACCUAUCAAUGCCAAUCAGUGUCAUGUAUCAGUGCUUCCUUUCAGUGCCCAUCAGUGAUGCCUGUCAAUGCCCAUCAGUGCCAC